AUGCAACGAUGGUGGUUGCUGUUGAUGUCGCUCGCGGCCGUCGUAUACUCAGUCGUCGAAUGUGCCAUAUAUUCUGACCCGGCGCAACUUUCACAGAUUGAGUAUGAUUUUGUAAUCGUGGGAGCUGGAAUUGGAGGGAAUGUACUUGCAGCUAGGAUUUCGGAGAUUUCGGACUUCUCAGUCUUAGUGAUCGAAGCAGGAAUAAAGAACGAGGACUUCGUCGAUGAUAAAAUUCCGUUUUUAUGUAGCACACUGUCUCCCGACACUGCUCUCACAUGGAAUUAUACUACCACCCCUCAGAUUGGUCUGAACAACAGAACAAUUCCGUAUCAGCGAGGUCGCGUACUUGGUGGAAGUAGUACGAUUAAUUACAUGAUAUGGAAUCGAGGGUCUGUAGAUGAUUGGAAUCGCUAUGCUGAAUAUACGGGCGAUAGCGGUUGGUCGUGGGACGAGAUAUUCCCGUAUAUGCUAAAGAGCGAAACUCUCGUCCCUCCAAGCGACCACCACGAUACAGCAGGGGAGGUCAAUCCCGCACUACACGGCACGUCGGGGCCGGUUCAAAUCAGCCUUGGAGGGUAUCCGACCUCCAUUGAUAGGCGCGUCCUUGAUACAACACGGGAGUUGCAUCUCGAGUUUCCGUACAACGAUGAUAUGAAUUCAGGAUACCCUCUUGGAGUCGGGUGGAAUCCGAACUCGGUUGACACAUUCGGGCGAAGAAGCAGCUCAGCUACCUCAUACCUUGAGCUUGCAUACGGACGUCCUAAUUUGGAUGUCCUCAUCCAAACGCAAGUUACUAAGCUCAUAUCAUCGCCCGCCGUCGACGGUACGCUUACAUUCACCGAAGUUGAAGUAACACAAACCGCAGAUAGUCCAACGUACACUGUGCAAGCAGCUAAAGAAGUUAUUCUCGCUGCAGGAUCUAUUGGUACGCCACAGAUUCUCCUUCUGAGCGGCAUCGGCGACUCGGCCACGUUAGAGAGCAUCGGGAUCGCUCCGCUCGUCAACCUCAGCGAUGUCGGCCAGCACCUCGUUGAUCACCCGCUACUCUCGAACCAGUGGCUCGUGAAUUCCACCGAUACAUUCCAGGCAGUGACGCGUAAUGUUACCUAUGAGACGGAAUUGUUUUUUGAAUGGAACUCCACUGGCACAGGGUUAUUCGUCGAUCCAGGCAGCAUUCAACUUGGCUGGGGAAGAUUGUCUAGUAAUUCAACCGUAUAUGGCUUAUACACUGAUCCUUCUGCUGGUCCAGCGUCUCCCCAAAUGGAAUGGCUCUUCGCGAAUGGUUUUGUGUCUAGUGUCCAGCCUAUUCCGGCCACCGGAAACUACUUAUCGAUUGCCACAACAGUCGUAUCACCUGCAUCUCGUGGCUCAGUAGUUCUCGCAUCCAAAGAUCCGUUUGAAGAUCCACUUAUUGACCCUGGUCUACUCUCAAGCCCCUUCGACCUAGCCGUUAUGGCUCAGGCCGUCAAGCAUGCCCAGACAUUUGUGACCGCUACAGCAUGGGAUGACUAUAUCAUUGCACCGGCAGGAGGUCUAGCCGGUGUGCAGACUGACGCAGAUCUGGAAAUGUACAUCAGGAACUUCACCGCAACUAUCUGGCACCCUGUUGGUACAGCUCGAAUGCAGCCGGUUUCGGGAGAGGGCAGUGUUGUUACGUCCGAUCUACUCGUGAAGGGUACAUCCGGUCUGCGGAUCGUGGAUGCAUCAGUUCUGCCAUAUAUUCCUUCAAUGCAUCCACAAGCCGUUGUUUAUGCUUUGGCGGAGCGUGCGGCGGAUCUGGUGAAAGCGGCUUGGAGUCGCGAGUGA